GCGGGGCCGCACGUGGCGCCGGCGGAGCCAUGGCGGGGCGGCCGGAGCAGCUGGAGCGCGCGCAGGUGAAGAAGGCGGUGGAGGCCCUGCUGGCUUUCGCCAGAAGUAAGGCCAAGGGAGGCGCGCAGCUCCUCAGCGAGAGCGAGAGCAUCCAGGUCCUGGUGACGGUCUGGAAGGUGCCGCGGGUGGCACAGGUCAUCAAAAUACCCCUGCCUCAUGGCAUUCGACCAGAAACGGCUGAGGUUUGCCUCUUUACAAAGGAUGAGCCAAAUUUAUCAGCAGAACAGACUGAAAAUCUGUACAAGAAACUUUUAAUCCGGAAUGGAAUUAAAAGUAUUAGUGAGAUCAUCCCAUACAAAACUCUCAAAAAGGAAUACAAAAUGUUUGAAGCAAAGCGGCGCCUCCUGAACAGAUUUGAUCUCUUCCUGUCUGACGACCGUGUUAGAAGGCUCUUGCCCUCCCAUCUAGGAAAACACUUCUAUGAGAGGAAAAAAGUCCCUGUAUCUGUAAACCUGAAAGCCAAAAAUCUUGCCCAGGAAAUCAACAAACACGUCCAGGGGACCACACUCUCAGUUACCAACAAGGGGUGCUGUUAUACAGCACGUGUAGGUCAUACUGGAAUGAAGGCUGAUGAGGUACUAGAUAACAUCAUUGCAGCAGCUGAAGUGAUUGCUAAGAAGUUACCAAAGGGUUGGAAAAAUGUAAAACUCCUUCACCUCAAAACACUUAAAUCUGUCUCACUUCCAAUAUUUACUGCAAAUGUCUCCAACUUGGAUGAGCUGGAUAGCGAGCCAUCUCUCAGGAAAAAAGAAGUAAAAGUAAAGGUAAAGAAGGGAAAGAAGAAGAGAAUGAGGAAGGCAGCUAAAAAACUGAAUUCAAAGCAAGCCACUCUGACAACUGAAACGAAUGCUGCUGUUGCUGCUGCCCAGGAGCCUGCAGUAAAAGAGAAGGCAGAAGUAGUCCAAGAAUCAGGUGAUCAUGAUGAUGAAGAAAUCCCACAACUGGUGCCUAUGCAAGCAACCAGCUUCGCUGAGCUGAAGAAAAUGCAACCAAGUCCAGAAAAAGGUGACAACGUGGUUCAGAAAACUAAAACACCUCUUGGUAAGAGAAAGAAACAGCCUGUAGCUCUGGAGACUCCAAAGCCAAAACAAGUUACAGAAGAGCAUGCAGACUUGCAGACGUCGGCAAAACAGAAAAAAGCCAAGCAGCUCAGCGUGCCAAAGGAAGCAAUAAAAGAAAAAGAUAUUAAAAAGACUCCCAAAAAGCCUGAAGCAAAGUCGUUUGCAACACCUAAAGCUGGCAAAGCAGUACAGUCAUCCAAGAAGUCUUCAAAAACACCAAAGCAAGCACCCAAGAAAGUGCGCCAGCCACAGACAGCAUGAGUGUUGUCUGUUGUAACACAUUAUAUGUAGUUAUUCAGUGGUGUCUUUUAUUGACCAAGUAAAAUACCUUCUCAACAAAAUCUAAUCCAAACAGUCUUUUUCAAUGAGGUUUUGUAAUUAUUCAUGUGUGUUUCCUUCUAACUGAUGAGCUGGAACAAAUAAACUCAUAGUCUUAA